UUGUCGAUUUUCCACGCCGGAACUUUUUUGGACUUUUCAACGUCGACGUCUACACGUGAGCUGCACGUAUGAGUCUAACCGAUUGUAGGCAACUCAUAACCUUGAACAGUCGCGUACAGUACAACGUCGAGGACAUCUGAGGCUUACAGUGAAGAACGUGAUGAGCAAUGAAGCCGAUUCUCCCCUCUUCAGGGCGUUGGAAUCGGUUGCUGCUUCGCCAUAUGCUCCGUCGUUAAGGGCUUUAUCACGCGAACUCGAGAAGUCAAAGCCGAGUGAAGUCACGAAAUGGGUCAACAUAUAUACGUGCAGAAUUCCAUCGCUAGCACGUCUCAUCAUAUCAGCGCUGGAGUACGAGCCGUACGCCCCUACUGUCAUCGAGAAGCUCGCCGUUGUCGAGCAGAUCAGAGAUGCCAUUCUGGAGUACCGACCUAGUGUCAUUGAUGCCAGUCUGAAGGCUGCGACUACGAGCGAGAGCAACUUCCAGAAGUAUGCUAGCAUGUGUACGUCGCUCCUUUCUCAUCCACUUCCGUCAGGAUUGCCUCAUCUGCCGGGGUCACUACAAUCCUUCCUCGCUCACCUCGUGAAGCUGAUAUUUUUGAAUCCGAACCGGAGCAACAUCCGGUUGUUGUAUCGGCUUCUGCAAGGGAAACAUGGCGAGGUACAAGAUGUUCUCACACGAGGAAGCACAAGUUACGGUCUUCAUACGGCGCUUGGUGGAUGCCUGUCCGCCGAUCAGUCAGGCUUGGUGUUUUUGGCUCUUGCAUGCCUCGCAAGAAUUAUGUCUCGGUCUGAAAGUGCCAGUGAGAAUCUAGAGAUGAACAGGACGAGUGAUGCUAACGGGCUCGAAGCGUCUGCAGGUAUGGGUACACCAACAUCUUCGGGACGCUCUCUUUUCGCUGGAGACAAAGGCGGAAAGGUUCUUCGCCUUGCGGCAAAUGUCAUCAUAUCCGCUGCUACUGGAGGUGACGACGAUGAGGAAGUGGUUUCCUUAGCACUUGUAGUGGUCGAGGCCAUCGAUGCGGAUGUGGUGCGGACUUGGGCGGAAAGCAGAGAGGGUAUGUUUGCCAUGAGGAAACUUGCCGAACUCUUGAGCAACGGCAACAUCCCACAUUCAGCAACCCUUCAACAAAUCGCAGAAUUUCUAACCUGUGUAGUCGGCAAAGCCGGUGCAUCAUCCUUGGGUGCCAAAGUAAUCAAGUCAUUGCAAUUCGCUAUCGGAGAGGCACUUUGGCGUGAAGUAAGCUAUGCAAGUACACCAGCGGUUGGAGCAAAGUCAAGGAUUGCCUCUGCAGAAGCUACGAAAAGUCUUUGCGAGUUACUGUCGGCGAUGGAUCCAUUUGAAGACACGUCUUUUGUCGAGAUCCUCAAGUCUGGUUAUCUUCUCGCAGCUUCCUCGGGCAGAAAUCCCCCAUCAAUUGCCAACCUCUGUGCGGUUGUUGCGCACGUAUCAGCUUUGCAGACUUUUGAGCGCCUCGUUGAGACAUGGACGCCUCUCCGAAAUGCCUUCCUGUCAGCACUUGCGACUAACGAGUUCAUGUCCCCGGUAACACGAUUUCUGGACACUGAACCGCUCGAUGUAAAGGCAGAGUCUUGCGCUGGCAUGCAAGGCAAGAGCAACGCCUGUCCUGGAGAAUUGAGGAACGCUCGUCUUGAUCUGAUCAAGGUCCUUUGCAUGUUACCUUUGAAAGUGAACGUUUGUUUAGGGGGUGAACCUACCUCGGCCCCUGGUGCUGUCGUAAUCGAUCAAAGCGACCAUGAUUCAUUGGACGCGAACUUAUCUUGCAACUUCAUCAACAAACUCUCGUCUCUUGUCACGGCGUCUCCUCAACAGAGCCGCCAUCAUCCUUAUAACGGUUCAAGCGGAAUGUCUUCGAAUUUCACAAACGGGUUUGCCGUUUCCAUUGUGCAGGAGUCUUCCACGCCAUAUAUUCAUGCGAACCCUUCUUACGAAUGGCAGCAGCGUCUGCUGUUGGACCUGAAUCAGGAGGCUGCUCAUCGCCACGAGAACCUGGUGAAAGAGAUGGGCAAGAUAUGUCGUGAUCUGGAAGAACGAUGCAUGAACGUCGAGGCACCUCUACGGCUAGCACAAAGUCAGGCCCGGAAGUUUGCUGAAGAACUUGGCAAUGCUAAGAGAAUGUACGAGCAGCUGCAAACGACGACGGAGGAAGGCCACGAGCGUGUGACUUUCGAGAUGAACAGUCUACGGGAUGAAAAGGAGAGACUUGAAACUGCUGUGGGAGAGCUGGUUAGUGAAGUGGAGGAGGCAACAUCGCGAUCGAAGAGCUUGGAGGACCAACUAGCCAGUCAAGCCGCUAACAACGACGAGCUGAAAUUGCUUCUCGGAAGAGAGACAGCCCGGGGCACCGAGCUCGAGCAGUGUCUUGCUCAAGAGCGAGAUGCCAUGACAAACCUUCGUGUGCAUGCUGCUGAAUUGGAUCAGAACUUGUCAAGCGCGAGAGAAGAAUUGAAGGCCGCCAGUGAGGAAUUGCAAAGAAGAGCGGAAGCUAUGGCUUCGUUGCAAACCGAGGUGCACGAGAAGACAGCUGUGUUGGACGAAGCUCGAGACGAGGCUGAAGCGCAUCAAGUACAGAUCGGUGAACUGGAGGAACGUGCCACGGAAUUGGAAAACAUCGUAACGUCCGAAAGAGAAGCGUCUGCCCAAAAAGAUGAAGCGAUCGGGAAUAUGCAACAAGAGGCAGAAGCGUUACGUCGUACCCUUAUUGAGGUGAACAAUAACCUGCACUUGCAACAGGAAGCAUUUGCAGAUUCCGAGAGAAGCCGGGCUUCGCUCGAUUCAAAGCUCAAAGAGGCACGCAUGCUUCACGAACAUACAGUCAAGACCUCGCGAGAAGAACUGAACGAUCUCAGGCAGCAGUUUGCUGAACGUGAAUCUGCGAUGGUUACGGAAAACAAACAACUGAUGAAAAAGCUGGCGAAGCUACAAGGACUUCAUGAGAAACAGCGUGUAGAGAUCGCGCAGGCGCAAGAGCUGAGUCGGAAACUCAGCUCAUUGUUCCCAGGUGCGACAAUCCUUGGUCAACGCGAUGAGCUUCCUACCUCAACAACCCCUCAACAAACUGAAUCUGUACCGCUAACCGCUCCGACCGUCCCGGUCGCGAAACGUAGUAGGCGAUCAAGGUCACCAACACCCAAAGCAUCUGAUUACGGCGAUGGAAACUCAGACCAACAGAUCAGGGAAACAGGAGAGCCGAUGCACGAGGCGGCGAGCGAAGCCGAGAGCGACGGAGAUGAGAUCACGGCCGAUGACACCAGAGAUAUGACAAUGGAUUUUAAGGCACUAGUGAGGGAUAGCCGGCGGAUGAGCAAUUACGCUGCAACCCGGUUCGGCUUGACACAAGGAACAAACUACGGCACAGGGCACGAAGACGACGAAGUUCUUGGGGAAUUGAAUCAAUUAGGGAUAUAGAGGGUGACUAUGAUACUGGCGUUCUCGCGCAGCAU